CUGUCUGUGUGUCUGUCUGUUUGAAGUCACAACACAUUUAGUUAGUUAUUGGUCGUAUGUGGUGAUAGAUCGGAUUGUAUUCUAACACAAAUUGUUUUAUUGCGAUUUUUUCGUGUGUUUAUCGUCGCUUUAGCUAACGUUAGCUGCGGUGGCCUGGCGCGUGUCGUGGACGGAGGUUGAGCAAAUGUCAAGACCGAGGUCCCGAUCACCACGUUACAGGAGGUUCCCAUGGGAAGAACCUGACUUUGAUCCUUACAAAGUUCUUGCAGAAUUGGACGGGAAUCCGUUGGACAGGAGUCACCGCCCCAGAGAAGAUCCUGAAGAGCACUGGGACUACUUUGGGGAAGACAUGUACCCAGAAGGCCAGAGAAGAUCCCCUCCUUUCCCAGAUGACCGUCAGUUUGGGCAGAAACGCCAUCCAGACCAGGAGGAGUUUUACCGCAGGAGGCCAUCACCCCAUCACGAUGUGAUGGACUAUGGUGACCGGAGGUUUUCCCCACAGCAUGACGGAGGAGGAGAUGGAAACAGACGGAGAGGAGGGUUUAGAGAAGAAUUCCAGAGUUUUGAAAGCAGGGGGAGGUCGCCCCUCUCUCCUCUGAGGUUACCAAGGGAAAGCUUGCCGCUGACACCAAAAUCUCAUCCAGACCACUCACAGAGAGAGCCGGGGAUGGGCUGGAGGAGAGAGGAGCAGGGCAGAGGUCGAGGAAGGUUCAGAGACCCCAGUCCCAGUGUAAGAUCGGAUGACCAAAGAGGGGGAGCAGGUAGGGAAAGAGGCAGGAGGAACGCACAGGGUCCUAACAGAUUCGGACGAAGAGAGGCUCCAUCCCAAGAGAGAAAUCCUCCUUUUAAAAGGCAAAGAAGAGAAAUGGAUGACGCCAAUCAUCUUGGGUACGGGAAUGAGGAGAAGUUUGGGGAACAGCGUUACUCAGUGGGCACACACAGAGAUGGGUUUGGAGGAGACACCCAUGGGGGCCUUCCCCAUGGGGACAUUCGGCACUCAGGACCACUUGUCAUUGAACAUGAUCACGGCAUCAUAGAAAGCAGAGAACGGCCAAGGUGGGAACAACUUGAUGAUCGUGAAGAUCAUGACCUUGAUCGACAGAGGAGUCCCCAUCCAAUGAGCUCCUCUCAGGAGCGUUUCAGAAUGUCAAAGAGCAGGUUAGAAGUUCGGGAAGACAUGAGAGGACGGCAUUUUCAAGAUAAUUGGAGAGACUCCAACUACCAUGAAACUAGGAGGAGCACUCUGCCGCAAGACAGACCAAACCCCAUAAGAUAUGGUAAUCGAGAUGGUCCCAUGAUGCACAGAGGGAGGGGCGGUUCUCGCCCAUUGAGAGGGAGGUUUAAUCGCGGCCAGGGUGGAAGGACUGGGCCGCCCAGGAAUCAACCACGCUCACAGCAGUCCCCCCAGGGAUACCAAGAUCUUCCUCACGAACAGCAAAGACCAGGGUACCAACCCCUCAGGGAAGACUGUUACGAGGAUUCCAGUGAAGAAGAGCCUAACUGGGCAGAGGAAGACAGACUUCAACAGUGGGAACGUGAAAGGGCCGGAAGUCUUGACCGACACCUACCGAGGGUGGAUUUGGAUCCUAAAAUGCCCCGUAAGAGGGAGCGCGGGUGGAAUGAACAGAAAACCAAUAACAUGGCUGUUGUAACUGAGGAAACGCUAACCAUCAAAGUGGACAUGAGCCGACCCGUAAACCAAAACAGCCAGAUGUGUUACUCGUCAGACAGGCAGCUCUCUCUAGACCUGGUCAAUGUGGGUCGACAGCGUCUGGACUUCCUGCCCAUGCUGGAGCACUCUGGCACGUACCGGGAAUCCGCCAUGCACACUGGGACUUUUGCCCAGGAAAUCAUCACACUGGUGCAUCACGUCAAAGAGCAGUAUUUCAGAGGUGAUGGCGCCACACUGAACGAGCGUUUCUCAGCUCCCCAAAAAGGCGGCUACACUGAAGAAGAGACGGAGGAGUUGACGUUGGAUGAGAGGUUCAGCUCAAACCGAGGCUUCAGCUUAAAUAUGGAAACACUUCUCGAUGACGACAAGCCGCUGUUCUCCAGACUGGGACCCGUACAGGGUUUGAGCCAGCCGCCGAUGAGAGGCCCGGGGGACCUGAGACAUGACCUGGAGAGGAGGAGACAGGAGAGGCUGGAGGGCGUGAAGGUCACAAUACCAGGGAACAGUGUCUCACAGAAGCGACCAGCGGGCCCAGUCAGUGAGCAGAGUUUAGAGGAUGAUGUGGCUCAGAUGGAGGACGAAGGAUUCUCCAACUGGCCAGAGGAGCAAAACAGGAGAUGGGAAGGCAACAUGGGACCAAGGAGAGGAGCUUCCUACAGGCCGAACACAGGCCCGCAACGAAGGAACAAUCACUUCGGCAACCGUCAGGGACCAAUGAGACGACAGAAUAACCGCAACAACCCUGCAGGUCCAAACUGGUGAUCAAACUAAUGGGAAGAUAUUUCACUGGGAUGCUGCUAAUUUUAUGAAGACUGAUCACACAACCUUUCUAAAAACCAGCCACUUAACGAGAGUGUUUUGUUCUCGUCUCGGGCCAAAUUGCACCGGUGAUUCUGGUCAACAACACGAUGUCGACGUCGUACCAAACUGUGAAAGAGUCUCCGUUCCUGCUCCGCUGUGGGCGGCAGACUGAACGAUGAAUCUGAUGAACCUGAAUGUGAAACAUUGAUACCUGCAGCGCCGGUGAUCCUGUAACUGUUCUGUCUUUUUCACUUCUGUUUAUCUGUGUUCUUCCUGUUUUCUGAGUUCUUUGUUUUCACGUUUGUCCUCCUUUCAUGUUGAUUUGCUGCCUUCAUUUAAACCUAUACUUAUGUUUUUUUUAAAUCAAGCGGUUGCUGUCUGUCGGAGAUAAUGUCGUCUACGGCUGUAUCGUUGAGAAGCAGAGAUGUUAAAGGCUCGUGUGAAGAUACUGGAUGUUAAAUGACCUUUUUGUUGUACAUUUAUACAUUUGUUUGUUUCUCACUUCCUGUUGCCACUUUCCAGUGAAGAACACACCACCAGUGACGUUUGUAGACUUUUGUUUCUUUGAGUUCUUUGUUAUGAAAAACACUGCAGAUGUUAUGUUGAUUACUGCUGUUUUACUUUAAUUUCAGUUUAAUCUAGUCUGUACGACUCUAUCAGUAUAAUACCAGCCUUACUGUCAGUGACACACGAGCACGUACCGCUCACCACGUGUCGCUUUUCAUAAUAAAACACUUGUCAUUUUGA